GUUAGUUGGUAAAAUGCCAGAGAUUCAGUUGGGCGCCCAUACAUUCAGAAACGAGGGAGUGGAAGUAGCAAGAUUUCACAUGCAUGACUGGCUUAUUCUCUUCCUACUUGUGGUGAUAGAUAUAGUUUUAAAUGUGAUAGAACCGUUUCAUCGUUUUGUUGGAUCUGACAUGAUGACAGAUUUAAGAUACCCUUUGAAAGACAAUACCAUUCCCUUUUGGGCUGUUCCAAUUAUUGCUAUAAUCUUACCUUUGCUAGUCAUACUUGUCUUUUACUUCAUCAGAAAGGAUGUCUACGACGUGCAUCAAGCUAUAUUAGGAUUGUUGUACUCUGUACUCAUCACCUCUGUUCUUACUGAUGCAAUAAAAGAUGCCGUUGGUCGACCCCGUCCAGACUUCUUUUGGCGGUGUUUCCCUGAUGGAAAAGGGGUGUUUGAUCCAAUCACAAGCAAUGUCAAAUGUACUGGCUUGAAAAGUGUUAUCAAAGAAGGACAUAAGAGUUUCCCAAGCGGACAUAGUUCUUGGUCUUUUGCUGGUCUUGGCUUCCUCGCUUGGUACCUGUCAGGGAAAAUCAAGGUGUUUGAUCAAAGAGGCCAUGUUGCUAAGCUCUGCCUUGUUUUCUUGCCCUUGCUGAUGGCGGCAUUAGUCGCAGUUUCCCGGGUUGAUGAUUACUGGCACCAUUGGCAAGAUGUAUUUGCUGGAGGUCUCUUAGGAUUGAUUGUGGCUUCAAUUUGUUACCUACAAUUCUUUCCCCCACCAUAUGAUAUAGAUGGUAGGAUGCCCCAUGUGCAUUUACAAAGGUUGGCGGAACAGCGAACUGGUACACAAUCUAUGUCGAAUAAUCCAGGUUGUCUUACUAUAAGGCAACCCGAAGUUGAUAGUAUGUAUGUUCAACCUGAACAUGGCAUUGCCGUAUCAGAACACAGUGCCCGUGAGACCGGACCAAUCUUUGAUGACGACGUUGAAAGUGGCAGAUGGAGGCAUUGACUAAAUGUUACAUCAUUCGUGCAUUUACUGUAUAUAUCAGAAUAGGUAUUCUGCACUCUGUUAGUCCUCUCAUCAAACAGGUAGAUUUUUUCAGGGGUUGCUUGUUUUUCCAUUUCUGUGAAUUUCUACCUUCUGUAAUUUUACAUUCAUUUGUUAGAUUUGACUUCAAGAACUUGAUGUGCUAACUGGUUAAUACCAAGAUCUCAAGUAAUUUCCGUGUUUUCGUUCAUUAAUAGACGAGAUAAAAUGUGAUGUGUAGACAUGACAUUGCAAAACUAUUAUGACGGCCUUAUGGCCUGUGUUUAUGAGCA